AGAAGGUUGGGUUCUUGGGUAAAGUUGUUUUGAAGUUACUCCCUAUGUUAUGAUUAAAAUUAAAGAGGGUCUUGCCAAAGAGGAAUCUUUGGUUUUCCUAUUCACCAACAUUUACUAAGUCAAAAAUUGUUCUGUUCAAAAAUGGCAGCAAACAUUGAAAGGGUUAGAGAAGAAAUUGAAGCAUUAGAAGCAAUUUUUAUGGAUGAUAUUUCCAUAAAUUAUGAUGAAAAGGGAGUACCAGAUGGAAUCAAAAUGACAAUAUUUCCUUCGACAGCUAAUGACACCGAAAAACAAUAUGUUUGUGUAACUCUAGAGGUUUCACUACCAGAAUCAUAUCCUGACUGUGAACCUAAAAUUAUGCUUAAAAACCCCAGGGGACUUGAUGACUCAGUUUUUGAUAAUAUACAUAGUGCUUUGAAGGCAAAAUGCUUGGAAUACUCUGGUCAACCAGUUAUUUAUGAACUAAUUGAGCUGGUUAGGGAGAAUUUAACUGAAAGUAACGUACCUACAUGCCAAUGUGCUGUUUGCUUGUAUGGAUUUUGUGAUGGUGAUGAUUUCACAAAAACUCAAUGCUUUCAUUACUUCCACUCUUUUUGUCUUGCUGAACAUUUAUCAAUAACAGAGAAGCAUUUUAAAGAGGAACAAGAUAAACUACCAUCUUGGCAGAGAACUGAUAAGGGAUUUCAGGCUGUUUGUCCUGUAUGCCGUGAAGCAAUAAACUGUGAUGUUGAUGAUCUCAAAAAAGCUGCUGCCCCAAAGCAGUUGGAAGACGCUCAAAAUUUUUCUGUUAGCAAUGAAUUGAGAAUACUUCAAGCAAAAAUGCGAGAACUAUUCUCCUACCAAAAGAGCAGAGGCGGUAUAAUCAAUAUACAGGAAGAAGAAAAUAAACUACUUCUCAUAACUAAUUCUUCCGAAGAUUCCUCACAAUGUGACGAUCCUGGACCUAGUUUUGGACAAGUUGAUAAUACUGUAAAGACGAAUCCAGUUGAUCGAAAAACUAAAAGAAAUACAUCUUCCAGGUGACCCAGACCAUUAACUAAAUUUUUGAUUAUGUUUUUAGAUAUUUAUUUGUAACAUAAUAGUUACUAGAUGUUCUGUAUGAAUAAAACAAAAUUAGGUUUA